AUGAAGUUCCUUGGGACUAUGGUCCUUGUCUUCCUCUGCACCAGGGUCCUCUAUGCCUACGAGGAAGAAAGAACUGACAUUGCACCCACCUGCUGCAUGUCCUACACAUCCCGGCAGAUCCCCCGCAGAUUUGUGGCUGCCUAUUUUAAGACCAGCGGCCAGUGCUCCAAAAGUGGUAUUGUCUUUCUCACCAAAAAGGGCCGGCAUAUCUGUGCCAAUCCCAGCAAUGCCUGGGUUCAAGAGUACAUCAACAACAUGGAGGAGGCUCCCGAAGCAGCCUAG